CCUCUUCCCGUUUCCGUUAGCUGGUCAUCUUCUCUCUUUCCUUUUGGCGGGAGGUGGCCCCUCAUGCCAAUCUCUUUCUCAUAAAUACUACACCUACCAUACCCAAGACACCAUCCCAUCCUCCUUCAACCUCCACGCCUUAACCCUCAGUACUGUACUAAUUUCUUGCUCGCUCCUUUUCUCCCCGCAAUAGCCUUACCGUACCAAAACCAGUCAACCCAAUCGUCCAAUCACGUCGAUCGGAAUGAAAGACAAUAAGAGUGUGCCGUUCUCUGUCGUAAUCUCCUUCUACUUCUUCGUCCUUCAUUUUGGAAUCUUGGUAAAACUCGCUCUCUCUCUAUCCCCAGACGGCCUGUCGUUGCUGUCUCUUAAAUCUGCCGUGGAUCAACCACCGGAUGGUUUGACUUUCUCCGACUGGAACGAGAAUGACACUACGCCUUGCCGUUGGAGUGGCAUUUCCUGCAUGAACAUCACGGGGUUCCCCGACCCCCGUGUCGUCGGGAUCGCCCUUGCCGGGAGGAAUCUUCGGGGUUAUAUUCCUUCCGAGCUAGGGACCCUGGUUUUUCUCCGGCGACUCAACAUACACAGCAACAACUUCUACGGUUCAUUACCUUCCCAGCUCUUCAACGCUACCUCGCUGCACAGCCUCUUCCUCUACGGUAAUAAUCUCUCCGGUUCUCUUCCUCCUUCGAUUUGCAACCUCCCAAGGCUCCAAAACCUCGAUCUCUCAAACAAUUCUCUCUCCGGACCAAUUCCGAAAGCCCUAAAGAAUUGCAAGCAGUUGCAGCGGCUGAUUCUCGCGAGAAACCAGUUCUCCGGCAGUAUUCCGACGGGAUUUUGGCCGGACAUGGAGAACCUGGUCCAACUCGAUCUCUCGGCGAAUAACCUCAACGGAUCGAUUCCGGAAGAUAUUGGCGAGCUCAGCUCUCUCUCUGGCACUCUGAAUCUCUCGUUCAAUCAUUUAUCAGGUAAACUCCCGAAAUCGCUGGGGAAUUUACAGGUGACAGUGAGCUUCGAUCUCCGAAACAAUAAUCUGAGCGGCGAAAUACCUCAAACGGGGUCGUUUGCGAACCAGGGACCCACCGCGUUCCUCAACAAUCCUAUGCUUUGUGGUUUUCCUCUGCAAAAAACGUGCCGCAAUUCCGACCAAGCAUCGGCGUAUAGUCCAAAUUCGGCUCCAAACAUUGAGAAUGGUACAAGAAAAGGUCUAAGCCCCGGUUUGAUCAUACUGAUCUCAGUAGCUGACGCAGCUGGAGUUGCAUUCAUUGGCCUCGUAAUAGUUUACGUAUACUGGAAAAAGAAAGACAAUUCAAAUGGCUGUAGCUGCACUGGGAAAAGCAAAUUCGGAGGAAACCACAAAAUGCAGCUCUGUGCUUGUUGCAUGUGCGCCAAUGGCUUCAAAAACGAGGACUCUGAAUUGGAGGACCGUGAGAAGUCAGAGGCAGUGAAAGGAGGGGAAGGAGGAGAGCUAGUGGCUAUUGAUAAAGGGUUUACGUUCGAGCUGGACGAGCUGCUGAGGGCAUCGGCGUACGUGCUGGGGAAGAGUGGGUUUGGGAUAGUGUACAAGGUGGUCCUGGGGAACGGGAUUCCGGUGGCGGUGCGGAGAUUGGGAGAGGGAGGCGAUCAGCAGAGGUACAAGGAAUUCGUUGCGGAGGUGCAGGCCAUUGGGAGGGUCAAGCACCCCAAUGUCGUGAGGCUGAGAGCUUACUAUUGGGCUCCCGAUGAGAAGCUUCUGAUCAGCGAUUUCAUCUCCAAUGGCAACCUGGCUUCCGCUCUCCGAGGGAGAAGUGGUCAGCCGUCCACGAGUCUCUCAUGGUCAACCAGGCUGAAAAUUGCAAAGGGAGCAGCAAGGGGCUUGGCCUACCUCCACGAAUGCAGUCCAAGAAAGUUUGUGCACGGUGACAUCAAACCAUCUAACAUCCUCAUUGACAAUGAAUUCCAAUCGUACAUCUCUGAUUUUGGCCUCCACCGAUUGAUUAGCAUCACUGGGAACAACCCCUCCUCCUCUGGCGGCUUCAUGGGCGGAGCUCUCCCUUACCUGAAGUCAGUCCAAACCGAGCGAACCAACAACUACAAGGCCCCUGAGGCUCGUGCACCGGUUAGUAGACCCGCCCAAAAAUGGGAUGUCUAUUCGUUUGGAGUUGUGCUACUUGAAAUGCUUACCGGGAAGUCCCCGGAGCUUUCUCCGACCACUUCUACAUCGGUGGAAGUCCCAGACCUAGUAAGGUGGGUGAGAAAGGGAUUUGAGGAAGAAAAGCCCCUCUCGGAGAUGGUCGAUCCAAUGUUGCUACAAGAGGUGCAUGCCAAGAAAGAGGUGCUGGCAGUGUUCCAUGUAGCCCUUGCGUGCACUGAGGCAGACCCCGAGAUUCGGCCUCGGAUGAAAAAUGUUUCCGAGAAUCUUGAAAGGAUUGGAACGUAGAGAAAGUGGUGGCCUACCCUUAUGCAUGGUGUUGGUGCUGAGAUUUUGCUCAUGUGCACAAGGCACUUCAUUGUCCCCACGGUGUUUUUGGCUGAAAGGUUGUGGUAGGAUUCAGAAUUUUGCUUCGGGCCGCCAGAUAAUAUUGAAAAGGCUAACGUUUUGCGGACAAGUGGAACAACAGUUCUGGAGAUGAUCUGGUUAUACAUUUGCUUUCCCUUUUCUUUUCUUUUAUUGUGACAAUUGUAAGGAAGUAGCUAUAUUUUGUAAUUCGAAAUUUUACCCUUGUCUCUUUAGCAAGUGAUUGUAACAAUAAUGUUUUUCAUGUCCUUUAUAUUUAAGUAUUUUUCCCCCACA